CGGGAGCGGGAGUCGGAGCGGGAGCCUGAGCGGGAGCGGGAGUGCGAGCGGGAGCGGGAGCGCACCGCAGCUGCUUCUGCCGGGUGCCGCCCGGCGUGGCAGGCGCUGAGCAUGCACCUCCGCGCCACUGCCGCAGCAGCGGCGGGCCGGCCCCGUGUGCCGCCGCCGCCGCCUGGCUUCGAAAGCGUUGCGCCCCGCAUACCGCUGGCCGCGCCCGGCUGCGGCUCUGCCGCUGCGGCGGGCCCCCGUGUGCCGCGUCCUCCUCCUGGCUUCGAGGACGUCGCGGCCCGCAUGCCGCUGGCGGCGCCCGGCCCCGGGUGCCCGCAGUGGGAGUCGCUGUGCAUGCAUCUCCGCGUCACUACUGCCGCGGCAGCGGCGGGCCAGCCCCGUGUGCCGCCGCCGCCGCCGCCGGGGUUUGAGAACGUCGUCGUCGCGCCUCGCACUACUGCAGCUGCUCCUUCCUCAUGCGGCACAGGCAGCAGCACGGGUGGCGCUGGCAGCAGCAGCCGCGGUGACGCCAGCAGCGACGACGACCAGCAGGACAACAGCAUUACUUGGGGCAGCUCGACGAACACGGACACGGACACGGAUAUGGACAACACGCCUGCGGCGGAGGCGGCGGAGGUGGCGGAGGCGGCGGAGACGGCGAAGUUCGGAGGCGUGGCGGCGGCGGUGGAGGAGGACGAGGUGGGGGAGAAGCAGCAGUCCAGCAAGAACCGCCGCCACCGGCGGUCCGGGAGCCGGCGGCGUGGCGGGCGGCGGCAGCAGUGGCGGCAGCAGGCACGCACUGUGCUGCUGUGAGGUGGGGCUGCGGCUAUGAUGAGGCUCUUGGGCUCGUGCUCAUUGUGAGAGAUUACGGUAUGCGCGUUCAUACAGUACGCUCAUGAUCUUUCUUUAUGAUAUUCUUACGUGCGUACAAUGGGUUUUGCAUUGCGCUUCGGGAUGGAGCUCUGCUAACUACCCUAGUGGGGCCGCAAGGUCCUUAUCUGCCUUGCUGGCUCAUCCGCACAGGGUGGGCAGCCCUUGGCACUUGAUUGGUGGUGAUCCGUGCUUGUGAUUGCAUUUGGAUUUGGGGAUUGCACUGGGGGUGUGGGAUUUGCAU